AUGGACGUCGAGGACGAGGUGGCUCAAUCGCGCCCAAAGGAGAACGGUGCUGCGCCGCCUCCCGCUGUCUCGCCAGCACUCAAGCUAGCGCACGAGGUGCUGCUCAAGAACGCGGAGGAUAUCAAGUCAGGAAAUCACCCGAAGAUGAAGGCCGAUAUUGAAAUCCAGGGGAAGCUAAAGCGCUCGCGGCUCGAAAGCGCCAAGUGCAACUCAGAGCUGACCAUCACGAAUAUCGAAGAGCUGGGGAGCGCUGAGGCGCGCGAUUCGAACGUCCAGACGAAGGUGGACUUGGAGCGUACCCAGGACGAUCUGUUGGAUGACGUGCAUCAGCGCAUCAGAAAGGCCAGGAUGGACGGGGGGCUAGUCUCGCCCAACCCUGCUAGAGCGGCGAGCAGUGGCAUUGCGUCAGAGGUAGGCGGGGAGGGGGGAGGUGUCAAGGACAAGGCCGGAGGUGGUGGGAGCGGGGGCUUGCUGUUGGGGAAGAAGCGGGCAAGGCUGAUGCCGGAACGGCGGUUCGAGAAGAUUACGCCCGAAGCUGUCCUGGCAAAAGUGGAGGCGCGGCGCGUUCGCACGGUGGCCCUGUCGGACAUCGAAAUGCGACGAGACUUUCAAGCAAUCAUCACAGACUGGAGGGACCGCGCGAAGAACUACCUCUCCACCUACAACAACUCCCACUGGACGAAGGUAACCGUAUUGCAGGACUCUUUCCGCGUGCGGGGCGUAACGUUCGUGAGGGGGGACCCGGUGGUGGUGAAGUCGCGCGUGACGGGAGAAGAGUUCCACGGAGAGAUCACCGUCGUCAAGCCCAAGAUGGUGUUUCUGUCUCUGUACGGAGGUGUCAAGACUCGCAUCUUUGUUGAGCACAUCAGCACCGGACGGCUGACGGUUGCUCGUGCAGAAGCAAAGAGUAGCGUUGCAUGAGACGAGGACGACCAGCUGGGCAUUCGCUUAGUUUUAUGAGCUUGGCACACGGUUGCACCCAUGCACGAAAAUCUCACCCAAAGAGCCGUCACAAAGAAUAGACCCUUUCUACAUAGGCGACAAAGAGGAGGAGGGGGGAGAGGAGAGGGCUCUCGCAACCUUUAGGAGCGGCGGAGGCAAGCUUGCCAUAGUUACGUGGCUGCUGGAAAUUGGGGAAUGAGUACGAUACAAGGGUGUGAUGAUGGUGUGUGUGUGUUUGUGAUGCGCGAGGUUACGCUGGUUUCGAAUGGGUAUUUAUUGUAUGCGGUGGGGAGAGGCCGAAGUGCUUUUGUAGACCUUUUUUUUCCCGACGGGAGCGGAGGCCCUUCUCCCUGGACUUUUCUUUAAUAUUUUCGUGUGUCGGCCACGAAAACGCCUAGAGUUGUAUGUGAGUCUUUUCUUUUUGGGGGAUGGAGGGCAUGGCGGUUUGCUUGAAUUAGCCAAAGGACAGCACUGACCGAAGGUUGUCAAUUUUCAAUUUUUUCGGUAAGGGCUUUUACCAUGUAGGGAAUUUUCAAGAAUGUUCUUUCUAGUAUUGUGUGUAUUGAUACUUUCAGAGUAUCUGCUCGGUAAAAAAACAGUGUCGUCCGCAUCUUUUCACUAUUAUGCGGCGGUUGUCUACAAUGCAC